UUACAUCUCUCUGCUUCUCAUGCUCUAUUGUCACAAAAUACGGAUUUUUCUUUCAGGAAAUUAUCAAACUUGAUAUGAUGGCGGGAGAGAUUCAAGAACCGUUUAACCUAAGCCUUCUGGAGAAUUCUAUUCACUCAGGAUCGAUAUCAUUUGGAAGAUUUGAGAAGGAAGAUUUAUCAUGGGAGAAGAGAUCAUCCUUCUCUCACAACAGAUAUCUAGAAGAGGCUGAGAAGUUCUCUAAACCAGGCUCUGUUACUCAGAUGAGAGCUCAUUUCGAGGCUCAUUUCAAGAAAAAAGGUAUCCGAUUUCCAAGUUCUCAAGAAGCUCAAACAUGGGGAGAAGUUGUUCAUCAGCAUCAUCAUCAUCAUCAAACUUGUAAUGAGAAAGAUGAGAAUCUGUGGGAAAGCACGAGUCAGUGUAGCCACAACAGCUAUGAACAAGACAAAUAUGAUCAAGAAAAAAGCCCAUUUGGUGAUUCUUGUGUGAGUUAUGAAGAUAAUCUGGUGAAUUCUGAAGAUGGUCACAGUUCUCAUUCUGUUGCUUUGGAUAAAACUGAAAUUGGUCAUAGUGAAAUGAGUCUUGAGGACAAAGAAGAAACGACAUCUUCCUCUGCAGUUACAUCGAAGCCUUCGAAAAUGGUUAAGAAAGCUAGUACUUAUUCUGUGGCCACCAAAGCUUCUACCAAGAAGCAUGUUGUGCUAACAAAGGAAUCUCCAAGAUGUAAAACAAAAAGCAGUAUUGACUCUAAGAGAGAAACAAAAUUGAAGCCGAAGGGGACUGUUAAAUCCAUUGCAUCUCAAGCUCCAAUAUCAAAGAAAACUGAGAGCCUAACUCCUUUGGCGACUACAAAAGACAAGAGAACAGCUGCUAAUGGUUUCAGUUUCAGAACUAAAGAACGAGACCAGAAGAAGAAAGGGGAAAAGGUGGAAGUUUUAGUGUCUAAAGCUCUCAACUUUAAAGCAAGACCAAUGCCUAAAAGCAUACAAGCUCGACCUCAACACACGUCAAAAGGUCAAGCAAAGGCAAGAGAAGAUGCUAAAGAACACUCAUCUAAAGCUAGUAGUGAUCAGUCAAUGGCAAAUGGAACGGCCAAGAGUAAACUCAAUAUUAACAAAAAGAAGGUGGAUAUACAGAAGAGUCUAAAUGGUAUUCUUCGGCCAAAGAGCAGCGAUCAAACAGCGAGAAACAACGCAAACAGAAGGAGUUUAGCGGUUAGGCGUUCUGCGGUUGAGGUUGCUUUGUGAGCAAUUCACCGUUCUUGCUUUUGUUCUUAAAGUUCAACUUCAGCUGCAAUUAGUACUAUGGAAUCAAUUGUUUCUCUGUGUUUCUGUGUAAUGAUGAUUAGAGUAUUA